AGUUUCUGAUAUGCUCAUUCGUAGCCGCGAUGUCGCCUUUGACGAGAGUCGCCCUUUUUACCUCUCUUCACCACCCCCCACCGCUCCACCUUCGCUUGUGUGGGCUGAUUUCGAUACUUCACCCACCCCACCUCCUCCCUCUGCCGCUCCUGCGGCCCCCUCACUCUCACCUUCCCCAUCUCCUUCCACUCUCUCUCACCCCUCUUCGCCCACUGGCUCACCAUGAUCGCGGAGUGUGAAGCAUUCAUUCGCAACAACUCUUUCACGGACGUCUCCCCUCCGCGAGGAGUUAACAUUGUCCGUGGCAAAUGGGUUUUUCGCGUCAAGCAACUGCCUGGCGAACUCCCAGUCUUCAAGGCGCGAUACUGUGCAAAAGGCUUCACGCAGAAGAAGGGCCUGGACUUCUUCGACACAUUCUCUCCGACAGCCAAACUGCCCACACU